GUAUGAUCAUCAUAUAAUAUAAGUCCAUAGGUUCCUUUAUUGCUUCAUGAAAUUCAUGGCAAAAAUUGAGCUCUCUAGGCACAUCCCACUUGUGACUUUGAUUGUGCUUGUUUUAUGUAUUACACCCCCAAUAUUUGCUACAAAGAAUUGUGAUUUUCCUGCCAUAUUUAGCUUUGGUGCUUCAAACGUUGACACUGGUGGUUUGGCUGCUGCCUUUCGAGCACCACCUUCUCCAUAUGGAGAGACUUAUUUUCAUAGAUCAACUGGAAGAUUUUCUGAUGGCCGAAUCAUUCUUGAUUUCAUAGCACGGAGCUUUCGACUUCCCUAUCUAAGUCCAUAUCUUAAUUCUCUUGGGUCUAACUUCACACAUGGUGCAAACUUCGCAUCAGGAGGAUCAACAAUCAAUAUCCCUAAAAGUAUUCUACCUAAUGGAAAACUCAGUCCAUUUUCUCUUCAAAUUCAAUACAUUCAAUUCAAAGAGUUCAUAUCGAAAACAAAACUCAUUAGAGAUCAAGGAGGUGUUUUUGCAACGUUGAUACCCAAAGAAGAUUAUUUCUCCAAAGCCUUAUACAUAUUUGAUAUUGGUCAAAAUGAUCUUACUAUUGGCUUUUUUGGUAACAAGACUAUACAACAAGUAAAUGCUACUGUACCAGAUAUAGUAAACAAUUACAUAGAGAAUAUCAAGAACAUAUAUAAUUUAGGUGCAAGAUCAUUUUGGAUACACGGCACAGGACCAAAGGGUUGUGCUCCUGUAAUUUUGGCAAAUUUUCCAUCUGCAAUAAAGGAUAGUUAUGGCUGUGCAAAGCAAUACAAUGAAGUAUCUCAAUAUUUUAAUUUUAAGUUGAAGGAAGCCCUAGCUGAACUUCGUAGCAAUCUUUCUUCUGCUGCAAUCACAUAUGUUGAUAUCUACACUCCUAAGUACUCUCUUUUUACAAACCCAGAAAAAUAUGGAUUCGAGCUUCCAUUUGUGGCAUGUUGUGGCUAUGGAGGAGAGUAUAACAUUGGUGUUGGUUGUGGAGCAUCCAUAAACAUAAAUGGUACAAAAAUUGUUGCAGGUUCAUGCAAAAAUCCAUCAACUAGAAUCAUAUGGGAUGGUGUUCAUUACACAGAAGCAGCUAACGAGAUUGUCUUUUCUCAAAUCCUUACUGGAGUUUUCAAUGAUCCUCCUAUUUCUCUAGAUAGGGCAUGUUAUAGAAAGUGAUCACUUCAAGUUAACGGUUGUAUUAUAUUAAAAAUAAGGUGAACCUUCUGUCAAAAAUAUAAAUAAGGUGAACCUUUUUAUCGAUGUAAAUAAAAAUGUGUUUAAUCGCUGUAAAAAAUCUAAUAAAAUUCCUUAUAUUAUA